AAGAGUUAACACAUUGAUUAUCAUCCAUCUCCAUCUAAGACACAUCCAAAGGCCAGCCUUGUUUAAAAUGAUUGCAAACACAUGCUACUCCUCCUGGUUCCUCCACACAUGAGUCUUGCCCCUCUUCUCCAUUUCACCACUUUUACGUCAAACACACACACACACACACACACCCACACACCCCCUCAAGAACACGAACCCAACAAUUCACACACAUAGAAACAAAGUAACACAGAGAUACUUCGAGACACAGGGUUGGGGAGAAGCAAAUUUCUUGUGAUCACUCAUCACUGUGUGAAUUACACACACACACACACACAGAGCAACAGAUAGGGAGUGAGCGAAAUGAUGCAGGAAGGGGGAUCAUCGUCGUUGACGGCAGCGGGGGAAGGAGGAGGGAGGAGGAAGCCGUCGUGGAGAGAGAAAGAGAAUAAUCGGAGGAGGGAGCGACGGCGGAGAGCGAUUGCGGCGAAUAUAUAUAAUGGGUUGAGAGCACAGGGGAACUACAAUUUGCCUAAACAUUGUGAUAACAAUGAGGUUUUGAAAGCACUUUGUCAAGAAGCUGGUUGGGUUGUUCUUCCUGAUGGCACCACCUUUCGCAAGGGUUCGAAGCCACCACUACCUUCCAUCGAAACCGGCGGCACAUCCACCACUACGACGCCGUGUUCUUCCCAGAAACCGAGUCCGCCGUCUUCAUCGUUUCCGAGUCCGAUCCCUUCAUAUCAAUGCAGCCCAUCAUCUUCAUCGUUCCCAAGUCCAUCAAGUAACCCAUUUGCAUUUCUUCGAAACACCAUUCCAUCUUCUCUCCCACCUCUCCGGAUCUCAAACAGUGCCCCUGUAACUCCACCUCUCUCAUCUCCAACUUCAAAGUUUCCUAAACCCAACAAUCUCAACUGGGAAUCGUUCACAAAACAAUCGAUUUCCUCAUUCAAUUUGCCAUUUUUUGCGUCGUCUGCGCCUACAAGCCCUACCAGGUCCCACCGCUUCACACCUGCAACUAUCCCGGAGUGUGAUGAAUCUGAUUGCUCCACCAUUGAUUCAUGCCAAUGGUUGCGAUUCAAGAACUAUGAACCGAUGGUGAUGACAAACCCCAACUCCCCGACUUAUAAACUUGGUGAAACCGGUGGCUAGAGCCACUGCUGCCAUGGAUGCGAGCUCGGAGAAAGGUAAAGGGAUGGAAUUUGAGUUUGAGAAUGGAGGAGUGAAGGCAUGGGAAGGCGAGAGGAUUCAUGAUGUUGGAGUGGAUGAUCUUGAACUCACUCUUGGAAGUGGGAAUUCUAAAAUAUAAUGUGUGUGUGUGUGUUUGUUUUAAAGAUUGAAGUUAGCAACUUAAGCAUGGCAGUGAACAGUUCUUGAAGAUGCACAUUAAAUAUUGAGUAGAAAUUAUGAUAUUUUAUUUGAAUUUCUUUACAUUCUAUUUUUUUUUUCCAAUCAUUUUGUUAGAUGAUUGAAGACCCAAUUUACAUUUGUGAGA